CAUUUUGUUUACCUAAAUUUGCAAUUCAAUUUAAAUUGAAAAACCGAUACUUGACUUGAUAUUUUUUUUCAGUGAUCUCUAAAAAUGGCUAAAAAGAAAAGUAAAAGAAAGCCAAUGGCAGCUAAAAAACCAAUUCAACCAUUGGAUACAUUAUUCAAUUGUCCAUUUUGUAAUCAUGAAAAAUCGUGCGAAGUUAAAUUGGAUCGUCAACGUAAUGUUGGCCGUAUUAGUUGUCGAAUUUGUUUGGAAGAUUUUCAAUCAACCAUUAAUUAUCUUUCUGAACCGAUAGAUGUUUAUACCGAAUGGAUCGAUGCAUGUGAAUCAGUGAAUCAAUAAUCAAGCAUCAAUAAUAAUACCUGACCAAUAAACAAACAGUGUGCAUUUGUCAUUCAUUUUGUUUUCAUGUCAACGAUCUCUGAAGAAAAUGUUCCAUUUGUUAAAUUCCUUUCAAAAAAAAU